AUGUACUAUGACUAUGAGAAGUUGUACUCCAGACCGUCUAUCACAGCAGACUCUGAAAUACCUGAAAACCUUUUGCACUUCCUUCACUCAUUUGGCUAUGAGUGUGAGCGCAGAGCCAACCUGCAGCUGCUGGAUGAGCAAACUGUGACCUUCAUAGCAGGCAAUCUGCUCAUCCUGAUAGAUGUUUCCACCAAGGAGCAGCGCUACCUCCGCUCCUGUAGUGGCGGAGGAAUUGGUUCUAUUACGGCACACCCUAGCAAGAAGUACUUUGCUGUGGCAGAGAAGGGAAACCAGCCCUACAUCAUUGUCUAUGAAUAUCCCUCACUACGACCAUAUCGCAUCCUCAGAGGGGGUACAGUUAGGGCAUACAGCUUUGUGAAUUUCAACCAUGAAGGGACCGUGCUGGCCAGUGUGGGCAGUGCACCGGACUACAUGUUGACCUUAUGGGACUGGAGGCAGGAGGAGGUCAUGCUGAGGUGCAAAGCCAUUUCUCAGGAGGUGUACCGGGUCACCUUCUCUCCACACAACCCAGGACAGCUUACAACCUCAGGAUCUGGACACAUCAAGUUCUGGAACAUGGCCAGCACAUUCACAGGUCUUAAAUUGCAUGGGCUUGUGGGGCGAUAUGGGAAGACCGCAGUGACUGAUAUUGAGGGCUAUGUGGAACUUCCUGAUGGCAAGGUGGUGUCAGGUUCAGAGUGGGGCAACUUGCUCCUGUGGGAGGGGGACCUGAUCAAGGUGCAGAUCAGCCGUAAGGACGGCAGGACUUGCCAUGCAGGGACUGUCCAGCCGUUUGCCCUGGAUGAAGAGCAGCUGAUGACAUUUGGCUCUGAUGGAGCGGUCAGGGGCUGGGACUUGCAGGGCAUUGAUGCUGCAGACUGUGAUGAUGAUAGCGGUAUGUUUGAGAUGGAGCCCAUAAAUGAGAUGGUGAUUGGACACAACGUCAACCUCUCCUCUGUGGUGAAGAGCUCCCUGCCUGAUAUCUGGUUUGCACAGGAUUCCAAUGGAGGAAUUUGGAAGUUGAAUCUUUCAUUUCUGAACAAUGAACCAGAGUGCCUGUUUUCCUUCCAUGCUGGGGCAAUUCAGGGCAUGGAUGUAUCAAGACUAAGUUAUCUUAUGGCCACGACUGCUCUGGAUGGUUCCCUCAAAGUUUUUGACUUUCUGUCAGAAAAGGAACUGACAACCAUCCAGUUCAAACAGGGAGGAACUGCGCUCCGCUGGGCUCCACCUUUGGUGAAUGAGAGUGGGGGUUUGCUGGUGAUAGGCUGUGAGGACGGUGUGGUCCGCUUGCUGGAGCUGUACAACCCCCAGAGGCUGCAUGGGGUCAUUGGGCAUAGCAGCAAAGGAACUGCUGAACUACGACUCAAACAAGCCUUCAAACCACACAGUGCACCUGUGACUGCUAUUGCCUAUGACCGCAAUGGAGAGAUCCUAGCAACGGGGAGCUCAGACUGCACUGUGUUCUUCUUCACUGUCGGGGAGAAAUACCACCCCAUCGGCUUCAUCAGUGUUCCUGGACCAGUGCAGAUGCUGGAAUGGUCACCUCAUUCCCAUAGCACAAAUACGCUGCUGAUUCUGUGUCUGAGUGGCCAUGUGGUUGAGGUGCAGUCUCCAGACUCAGAGGCCGAGAACCCAAGCAAGACCUACCAGCUGUCAGGGCUGCCUAGCAGAUACUUCAGAUUCAGAAGCAUCAAGUCCCGCAUCAAGAGGGAGGAGGAAAUUGCACGUCGUCAAGCCAUAAAGGAGAAGAAGAAGAAAGAAAGGGAAGAGCAGCUUGAGAAAAUGAAGCAGCAGGGGGAUGAUGACACAGAGGAAUUGCCAGAGGAAGAAAUGUUGCCCCCCAUCUACAUCCCUGACCCUCCAAGCCCAGUCCACUGUGCUUUCUAUUCACAGCCUGGCAUGUUCUGGCUCUGCAUGGGGGGCUUUGACUCAGGAUUCUUGUACCACUGUAAGUUCUCUGAGAAGCAGGAGGAGGAUCCAGCUGAGCACCAUGAUGAGCCGUUUGACUUCCUGCCGGUUCAUAACACAGAUGACGAUCCCAUCUGCUCUGUCACCUUCAGCUACAACAGGCAGCUGAUGCUGUGUGGUAUGCACUCAGGCACGAUCAGGGUUUACCCUCUGCAGCCCGGCGACCACAGCUUGGCCUCCAUGCAGGCCUACUGGGCACUCAGUGUCCACGACAACCAAUAUGGACACUUGCAGCACAUCCGCUGCAGCUUUGAUGACCAGUUUGUGCUGACAGCAGGAGACGAUGGCAACAUCUUUUCCUUCAGCCUGAUUUCUCCAGACGAACUGCAGAAAGCCCUCCAAGUCAAGAAGGCUAAAGUGCCCUCACCUAGGGCUGCUCUUGAGACGGAGGAUAUCGAGGAUAUUGAGGACCCUGAAGCUCUCAGCAUUGAGAUGGCCAAGCAGAGGGCAGAGAAGGAUCACAUGCUUAAGGAGGCUGAGUGGAAGAAGGCAGAGAAGCUUAAGAAGCUGGCUGAGCUCCGGAAGAAAUAUAGAGACCUGCUGGACAUAAAUCACAGUCUGCCAGAGUACAUUUGCCUGAAACCUGCGGAGCUGCAGCUGGAUCUGCGAUUCACAGAAGAGGCAGCGAGGGUGACGGCCCAACGGGUCAGAGAGGCCAGAAGGGAGCAGGCCUGGUUGAAGGAGCAAAAUCGCAUGAAAUUGCAGAAACUACACGACCUGUUUAAGGACUCUCUGGAGUCAGAUACAGUUACUGUGUUUGCCAUCCGCUCCGGCCACAGGGUCAGCUCCUAUCGUCUGACAGUGCUCACUGAGCAUUUCCCCCAGCUCAAACAGCAGGACAAACAUCGUGGAUAUGAUGCAUCGGUGCACAGGGAGUCCAUAGCGGAGCCUGCCGAAGACACCAGUGUAAUAGAAGAGAAGGAAGUGCUGACCCCAGCAGCAACAGGUCCAGAAGGUGUCAAGACGGCCAGUCGACAGGCUGAGAGGAGCUUUAAGCCUGCGGAGAAGGCUGAACAAGCCCGGGCCAGGAUAGAGAAGAGGAAGAGGGAAUGGGCCCAGUUUUAUGCACAGAAGCCAGAUGAGAACAGUGAGGAUCCAGAGUAUGCACAAGCCAUCCGUGAUGCCAUGGAGAACAUGGGAGACUUUAAACUGAAAACAGCCCAAGAUUACACUGUCCCAGAACACCUGAGGAUGAAUGUUGAGAAGAAGAGAGCAGAGCUGCUGCUUCUGGAGCAAAAGAUUCAAGAGAAGAAAACAGAGAUGAAUAAACGUAUUACAGCAUUGCGGGACACCAAGGUUCGCCUUCUGUCUCAGCUGCACUCACAGGCCAGGCAGCUCCUGAGGGUCCAGCAACGCUUGGCCACCAAUCUCUGCCGGCCCGUACCCAUCCUGCCCAAAAUGCUACCAGGGGAAACCCCUGAGAAGAGGCUGUGUUGCAGCCGAGCCACUCUGGAGCGCUAUCGGGAUCUGCGGGCAAAAAGGAUCCACAAUGAGGAGCUGGAAGGGCAGGAGGGGACCCUGAUUUUGUUGGAAGAGCUCGAGAGAGAGAUGGAAGGACAGGAGGAGGAAGAUGAAGAGGAGGAGGAGGAGGAGGUGGAUGAGAUUCUCUGGCCUGUGGUUUCAGUCAUAGAUACAGAUGUUGAGCCAGGAGUGGAGCUAACUGAGCUGGAAAAGGAGGUCCUCAAGGAGGAAGAGAUCAGACUGAAGUACAUGCAAGACUGUCUUCUGGAGCAGAUGGAGAACUCAGUGCAGCAGUUUGACGCAGAGCUUCUCCUGCUGCGUCACGACAAGCUCACUCUGGACUGCCAGAUGAAGCUGGCAGACCUCCGACAUAUCACCCUCUUCCAGGAGCUUCUCAUCCUCACGCAGUUUGAGGAGAAGGAUAACAUCCUGCAGGAGAAGCUUAAUGCAUGCAUGGAUGAGGAGAGCAACAUCACGGCGAAGCUAAACAAGUGUAACGAACAGCUGGAACUGAAGCAGACAGAGAUAGCCAACCUGCAGAAGAGAGAGAAGGCCUUGGUGGCCACUUUCCAGGCCUCGCUGGGGAAAAACAAUGAGUUUGCUGACUUUCUCACCAAAGUCUUUGAGAAGAGGGCCAAACGUGACAAGAAGAACCAGAUGGACAAAGAAGAAGAGGACAGUGAUGAGGAUUCUGCUGAGGAGGAGGACUGGGAAGAUGAUGAAGAUGAAGAUGAAGUUGACAGUUGCCCACCUAACUGUGACCCACAGCUGUUUGAGAAGGUGACACAACUGCAUGAAUGUCGGCUGGAUCUUGAUGCGCUCCUGGCCGAGGAGAAGAAGUGUGCCGAUGCUCUGAAGGAGGAGUGUGAUACUCUGGUCAAAAAGAGGGAAGUGGUGCAGAGCAGGAGGAAGGCAGCAGAGGGCGAGCUGGCGUUAAUCAACAGGGAGAAACAGCAGAAAAUGAAUGAUCUGGAUGUGGCGAUUCCUCUCAGACUGCACCAGAUUGAGUUUGUAAGCAAUGGCCGGGUGUCAUCCAAUCUGUCCCUGGCCUUGGUGAUGAACAGGAGUGUGCUGCAUAGGCUCCAGGAGCGUAUUAAGGAGCUGCAGGUGGAGACAAGCCAGGAGAGAGACCGGACAUGUCAGGUCCGCAAGCGGCGUGCUGAGCUGGCCCAUGAGUGCAAAGAGAUGAAGGCCAAGAUCCCAGUGUUGGAGGAGCGCUGUAAGGAGCUGAUGAUGCAGAAGUUUGGGAAGCUGGUGGAUCUGGAGGCAGUGCUGACUCUGGCAGAGAACCCAACCCUGGACAAGCUGAGGGAGGAGCAACGACUUCGACGGGCUGCUCACGCCAAGGAAAUCAAAGAUUGGAAAGCAAAGGAAGAGGAGGCACGGAAUGCACUGAUGCUUGUGACAAAGGGUAACACCGAGCGUCUCCGCAGAAUGAAUAACCUCCUCUGUGAGAAAAAGGCACUGGAGGAUAAAAUCAUCACCCAGCAGAAGAAACUGGUAGCCCAUAGGAACCCCUUCCAGGAUCAAAGGAGGCAGGUGGCGAGGGAGGAGAUUGAGAGGCUCCAGAAGCUGGUAAAAGCCCGAUCUGAGCAAAUAGAGGCCCUCUCGACCGAGAUCUGGGCCCUGUCCCAUAAAGGAGGCCGUGUUUUGCCCCCCAGCCAGUUGAACCUGCUGCCCCCCAUUCCCACCACCACCCACCACACCCACACCAACAAACCAGGACGCCUCUCAAACAGGAAGCAGCGCAGGAUUUUACCAACAGCAAGGGAGCUAAGUGACACAACGGCUUAGGGCAGGAAGACAUACAUCACACACACACACACACACACACACACACACACACACACACACAGAAGACCCUGCUUUCAGUGAUCAGUUUCUCAUGAGUUAUACAUAUAUCUCAGGUGUUCUGAGAGAACUUUAAAAAUUAAACUUGAUCCCUUUGUUUGACCAACAUGUUUAUUCAUCAUUCAUCUAUAAUCUGUGUUCUGUUAAAGAAAUCUGUGAGAUUUGGGUUUUGAAGUUUAGUCUUCUUCUUUGUUGCUAAGCACUCAUCGCUAUGUGCUUACUGUCAAUCAAACUGUGUGUGCAGUUUUUUUCUUUGUCUGUUCAGCCAUGAUUCUUAUCGCUGCUAGUGCUACCUCACCAGCUCUUAUUCUGUUUGUUGCAAAUGAACUGUAAAUGUAAAAUACAUCACUU